AUGAGUUCCCAGAAGAAACGUUUUUUUUUGUUUGAUAUGGAUGGGACCCUGACCCACGCGAGGGCGCCGAUCGAAGAACGAAUGGUGGACGUUCUACGCAAGCUCAAGUCCAAGGGGAACAUCGCCCUGGGGCUGGUAGGAGGGUCAGACUACCGGAAGAUCAUCGAGCAGAUAAAAUACCCCGAGAUUUUCGAGUUCAUCUUUUCAGAGAAUGGCGUGAUAGCUUAUAGGGGCAACGAGCAGUUCUACUCGGAGAGUAUAACGAAAUUUCUCGGCGAGGAGAAGAUGCAGCAGCUGGUGGAUUACUGUUUAGUGUAUAUUGCGAAUCUGCGGGUGCCAAAGAAGCGAGGGACCUUCAUCGAGCUACGAAACGGAAUGAUUAACAUAAGCCCCAUUGGGAGGAACUGCACACGGGAUGAGCGUGCAGAAUUUUGCAAAUACGACGCAGAGAAUUCGGUCCUGCGUACCUUCCAGUUGGAUUUGAUGAGCAACUUUUCGCAGUUCGACUUGACCUUCUCUAUCGGAGGUCAGAUCUCCAUAGACUGCUUCCCAUCGGGAUGGGAUAAAACGUUUUGCCUGCGGCACAUUGAAGGGUUGUUCAGUGAGGUUUUGUUUUUCGGUGACAAGACGGAGAAGGGAGGAAACGACUACGAAAUUUUUCACGACCAGAGGGUGCGUGGAUUCUCUGUUAAAAGUCCCGAAGAAACGGAGGAAAUUAUUAAAUCGUUUUUGGACCCAUAG